AUGGCCUAUGGAUUCAUACGUGUACGCGGUGUAGCAGAUUGUUCCGGAACGAAUGGUGCGCACGAAGUUGAGGCCGGAGAUAUCCAGCAAGGCCGCAACAACCUAGGAGCUCGACUCUUUCAACGGCUUUCCGAUGAGUUCGUACGCAAGAAGCUGGAGGUAGUCAACAUCUUGAGGAUCGGCUUGGACAAUAUCACGACAGCGACUGGCUUCACGGACUUUAUCCCGGAGAUUAACCCGUCGAUGGUCUCGAGCUGGGUCAUGCCUGCGAGACUAUAUUUGGUGUACUUUACAAGCGCAUCGGUCUUCAGCACCGAACACCAAGUCUUCCAUGAGCUAUGA